AGUGUCCUAACCUCACCCAGGCCCGCGCGCCCCGAGGCGGGAAUCUGGACCGGAUGUGCUAAGAGAGGGAGGACGGAGAGGAGAAAAGAGGGUGGGAUUCACCCUCGCCCUGCGCAAAACGUGUGGAAUCGGGCGGCUUGGAUCAGCAGGCUGACUUUUCUGGCGGUCGAAAGCUUAAUUACGGAAGGGAAGGCUCGGCCUAGCUGUAUCCCCAGCGCCGGGGAGAGGAUGCUUCCAGUCUGGCGGCUGCUUUUUCUGCGUGUUUCCCAGAACCUACAGGUCCUUUCUCUUCCCCCUUCCCGUCAUCUAGUCCCUGGUACCCCUGGAAAAAAAAGUCUAGGCUUAAACCUAGCCCACUGGUUGAAGAUAAUAAAGGAAGAAAAAAAUGUCUCAAAGGCAAAUGAAGGAGGCCUUUGUCAGCAACCUCAAUGGAACCAGCCUUCUGGAAAUUUCAGCUGGUUUGGCCUUGCCUCCACUUUGUACUAUAUGUAGAGGUCUGAUAUUCGUUCUGUCACAACUCCAUCAUGCAACCAUCUCAUAUAAAUGGGGAGCUCAUCUCCUCACUGACUUUGUUUUACUUGUAGUGCCCUUGGUAGUUUCUUGCACCAUUCUUUCUUCUGUGAUCUUUCUUAUGCCACCUGUCUUAACCAUUUUAGGUACUUGGUUGUUCUACCAGAUAUAUAACAAGAGGACCUAUUACGUCAGGGCACCUGCGGAAAUCAUUGAUGCAUUCCUGAAAAUCAGAGUAGAUUCCAAAAACAUUCCAUCUAUUACUAUGUUCCGUGUUUAUAUCAAUUUGGUCACUGCUAUCAGCAUCCUGGCUGUGGAUUUUCCACUUUAUCCUAGACGAUAUGCCAAAACAGAGCUCUAUGGAACAGGACUGAUGGAUUUUGGAGUGGGAGCCUUUGUUUUUGGGAAUGCUAUCGUUUGUCCAGAGGUUAGAGGAAAACUUACGCCCAAACAGUCCAGAUGUUAUUACCCUGCAAAGCAGUUGUUCUCUGUUUGGCCAUUAAUAGUGCUAGGGCUAGGGCGACUGACCAGUGUCAAGUCCAUAGGCUAUCAUGAACAUUUAUCUGAAUAUGGAGUUCACUGGAACUUUUUUUUUACCUUAGCAGUAGUAAAAGUGGUAGCCUCUUUACUCUUGAUUCUUUUUCCCCUUAAUAAAUCUUGGAUUGUGGCUGUCAUCAUUGCCAUAUUGUACCAAAUAUCUCUUGACUUUGCACAGCUCAGGAUGAUUAUUUUGCAUGGCACUGAUCGAAAAGGCACAAGGAUCAGUUUCCUAAAUGCAAACCGUGAAGGAAUCAUCUCCACCUUUGGGUACGUGGCAAUUUAUAUGGCUGGUGUGCAAACAGGAUUAUAUGUGUUAAGGGUAAAACCUCUUGUCAGAGACUGGAUCAAAGUGGGAUGCCAUCUUUUAUUGACAGCUGCCACUCUCCUUGGGUUUCUUUACAUAUGUCAAAUAUAUGUAGAUGCAGUUUCUCGAAAAAUGGCUAAUUUAGCCUUUUGCAUUUGGAUAGUUGCUUACAGCCUAACAUUUCUUAGUUGGCUGAUAAUAGGUAAUGUGAUUUUGGUCUUCACCAAAUUCCUGAUUAAAGGAGCUACUUUGCCAAGUUCUUGGGAUCUCAUCCAGACACUCAACACAGAUAAAAAGCCUUCAGAGCCUCUGGCCCACCGAAAUGGAAGAGAGCUGCCAAGUCUUUGUUUAAUUGCUGCCAUUGACCGAAACCAGUUACUUUUCUUCUUGCUGACAAACGUUUUGACAGGCUUGGUCAACCUGACUGUUGACACUCUACAUAGUAGCUCCUCUUGGACUUUAAUAGUACUUCACCUGUAUAUGAUUAGUAACUGUUUAAUUAUGUAUGUCCUGCACAUACAGAAUAUUACUGUAAAAUGCUGGUGAUUAUUGGGGCAGUAUAAAUGGGGUAAUGAUAAAUGUUAAUAAUGGAUUUUUGCGAUUAGAUGAUUAAUUUCACCUCAAAAUUACAAACUGUCACAAAUACAGACGUAUAGCAUCAUG